AUGAAAACUAAGCGACAACAAGUGCGAUCAUACGAAAAACCCACGAAGGCGUGGGAAAGAAAAGUACGCCAAAAGGCAAAAAUAAAGAAACCAAAGAAGUUUAGGAACUGCGCAAUCGACCUUGUUCCAUUGCGUGGAGUCAAGAAAGUUGGAGAGGUAUGUCAACUGGCAGAACAAGACAGGUUAUUUUUUGAGAUUGAACAACCUGCACCAGUGGAAAACGAAGUAGUUUCUCCUGAGAUUGAACAACCUGCACCAGUGGAAAACGAAGUAGUUUCUCCUGAGCAACAACUGGGACCAUCACAACACCUUCAAAUGGAGUACGAAAGAUCGUUUGAUCAAAUGGAGUACGAAAGAUUGUUUGAUCAUUAUGGAGUUAUAUCUGAAUAA